AUGAAUCCUUCUGUUUCUGGCCACUAUCCUCUACUUCGUCAUGAUCCUGUUACUGCUCGGGCUAUUUCACGUCUAAGCCAUGGAGUUGCUCGGUUAACAGCCAGUUUAAAUCCUGAAGGACAGCAUCGUCAUUUUCGUACUCGAAGAGCAAAGUUAGGAAAUAGAAGUGUUUCAGAAUCUUUGUCAAGUGAUGACAGUCAAUAUGUUGCAACAGGAUCAAAGCGGAAAUGGCAACCAGAUAAAAUUGAAUUGGAUACUAUCAUGGAACUUGAACAGUCUACAACACAUUCAUCAAAACAGUUAUCACCGGCAACACCUUCAAGAAGCACAACAACAACCGCAACAACAACAACUACAUCUCCAUUAAUUCCAUCCUCUAUCCACUUGAAACAUUCCAGUAUAGACUCAACUUUACGUCAUGUCUCCAUUUCCAUAGAUGCGCUUAAUUUACAAACAAAAUUACUCACUCCUUUCUCUUAUUCCAAUCCAAUUCUACAGAAAUCAUUAAGUUCAGAUAAUAUUGAAAGUACAGGACGUUAUUCAUCAGGUUCAUCUAUGCUUUCAGUAACAACUUCAUCAGAUAAUAGUAAUAAUAAUAAUAACAAUAACAAUGAUAAUGAAACUGAUGCUUCAUCACAAGAUGCAGAUGUCGAAGAUGAAGAUCAUAACGAGUUGAUUUCUAUCUUUCGAUCUACUACUACUGGUCGAUCAACAUUCACAUCCAAAGUGGUAUCAUCAAGACGUAAAUUGUCUUUAUUUGAUAAACACUUUUAUGAUGUAUGGAAACCAUUCGAUGAUAGUGUGUAUAGUUGUGGUGGAGAUUCAUCUGAUGGUUUAUCGAUUAAUAUUAAAAUGCCACGAUUAAGUUCAACCUAUUUUCAUAAUAAUAACAGUAAUAAUACACCGGGAUUAUCUGAUUACUCUUCUAGAUUAUCGCCUAUAUCAAGUAGUCAGUCGACAAGACGGUAUACACGUGGUAUGCUUGCCUCCUCGUCAUCAGAUACUACAAAUCAUCGUCGAAGAGUGAAGUGUAAAUGUAAACUACGGAAUAAUGAACAUCAUACUAAUGCUGCGGAUUGUCAUAAAAGUGGAAAGUGUCACCGCAAUUGUUCACACUCUUCAUCCACUUCAUCGUCAAGCUUAUCAACUGAAGAAUCUUCUGAUGAGAAUUGUUCAAAGGGUUUCAGUAUGCAUAAGCAUCGUUAUACUUCUAUAGCUGAUUCUCAGAAAAAUUGUAAUAAAGACAGGAUGAAAGUGGCCGGUAUAAAAUAUACGAAAAAAUGUCCUACAUCAUCAACAAGUACCGAAGGUGGCAGUCAUAAAUCAUCUAUUGUCCAGUCAGAACUACAGCAUCUACCAACAGAUUCUUCUAUGCUUACUUUGGAUGAACCAGUCGAUCCUGAAUGGGAUAAUAUUUUAAACGGGACUUGGCCAUUGUUAAGCAAUUGUGCAAAACAAGGUUAUGCUAAAGCUAUGCUCACUUCAAAUUCUAAACGAUAUUCAAAUUCUCAGAAGAGAAAAACGUCUAAUAUGAAAAAUAAAGACGAUUCAAAAUCGAUAAAUAAUAGUAAUAGCAAAGGCCACCUGUAUGCAGAGAAAGAGAUUCAAAUCAUGAAUACAGAUGAUUGUCAGUCUGCAAAUGUUAAGCCUAAUCAGCGAAUGCCUACACCGCCAUGGUUGGUCAGUGAUGAUAACGAGUCAGUAAGAGAUUCUGAUGAAUUCGACGAGACUGAUUUGUUGUCGGAUAGAGGUAAAAUGAAAACUUCAACAAAUGGAAUGAUGAUGACGACAACGUAUAAUCAACGUCCAUGUCUUGAUAAUUGGAAACCUGAGCUGUCAAGUGCUGCACCAUUGAAUGAUACCAAUAAAGGUCAUCGAAUGUUACAAAGACUUGGAUGGAAACCAGGUGAUGGAUUAGGACAAAAUAGUGAUGGUUUAAUAACUCCAGUCAAUUGUGUAAAGGCUGUUAAACCCUCCCAAGUAGUAUGAAAAUCGAGAAAAGAAAAAUCUUCAAAUGAGAUAUUUAUAGUCUGUGAAAAACAAACAAACACGAAAUCUACAAUGUACAGUAGCUGUCUUUUAUCCUCUUUGUUAUUAUAUAUUAUUAUUAUUAUCAUUCCAUUGCGUUCCGAGUGGAACAUAGGGCUAGCUUCAACAACACAUCUCCAGUUUGUUUUGUUUUCUGCCGUCCUCUUCAGCUGGCUAGCUCCACGAUUGGCCAAACUGUCUCAUCUCUUUCUCACACGAUCUCCUCCAUAUCACCCUCGCACUGACGACCCACUCGUCGCUUCCCAUUAGGAUUCCACUCGAGGGCCUGGCGUGGGAUGUUAUUCGGCGGCCUUCUCAAUGUAUGCUUGAUCCAUCUCCAUUUGUUAAGCAAUCGGCUCUUGCCUGUUGGUUUGUUCCCAGCCAACCAGAGUUUCUUGUUGCUUAUUCUUUCUGGCCGGCUGGCCAUUUGAUCUUCAGUAUGGAUCCAGCCAGCGAAGGCAGAUCUGUGUUAUAUAACAUAUAUACUAUACAUAUACAGAUUGUGAUGAGUGAUGCUAUGAACUGACAGUUUAAUUUGGUUAACGCUUUCUUUUUCCCCAACUGUGAAGGAGAGACCUGAUCAUUUCAUCUCUCCUGAUGCCUUUAUGUAUUGGCAGCAUUCUGUGAUGUGUUGUGCUGUGCUGUUUUUCUUCUCUUCAUCUGAUACUUUGCUUCAUGUAGGUGGUGGUGUACAGAUUUACACAUUCCUUCAAUUUAUCGUAUUGUCAGUGAACAUGUAAAUUUUGUCUUUGUCGUUCUUUUGUUUCUUCUGUAUAAUAAAUAAAUAUUGAUUUUCCUUUUUGAGUA